AUGACUGAGGUCGAGAAGUCACGAGAUGUGUUUACGCAGUCUCACUCUCCGGACCGUCACUAUCCGAUGACAUCAUCCACAAAGCGAGAACGUCACCGACCCAACCGUCACACAGUUCACAGCCCUCACUCUUCUCACAAGAGGCACCGUCCUCACCACAAGCACCCGUUUCCCCGGUCGACGAAGCGGAGUCUUCCUCCCGGCUGGGAAGAAGUGAACAGCGAGGGAGGGACGUAUUACUGGCACAAGAAGACUGGGAAGACCACAUGGAAAUUUCCCUCCGUUGAAGCAAAGGAACACGAGAGGAAGCAACAGUCGCACACCUACAUCAACAUCCGGCCAGGAAAGCAGCCGCUCGUCGUGAGAACUGAAGACUCUGACACAGACCCCCCAGCAGCUGCCAGUGGACGCGGCAAUGGUGUCGUGGCGCAAGCCAGUGGCAGCGAUCCGUAUGACGGCAGUGCCAGAGUGCGGGAAGGAGCUGGAAGAGGAGAGCUACUGAGCAACGGAGGAACUUCUCGAGAAGUGUCUGGGGAGGGAGGGACGUGGGUGUCUGGAGAGGCGGAGGGGAACGGGGCUCUGUCUUCCCCUGGGGGGGAAUCUGGGGGUUUUCCCUCCGACGAAUCUCCCCCUGGAGUGAGGAGACGACCACUUGUGGUCCACAACUACGAGAAUUUUCCCUUUAACCCCAUUGCGACAGCCAAGAACUCGGACGCUACACCCGAUCCGGAGAUUGGGUCGGGCGGGGCGAGCCCCACCCGAAGUCGGGCGGAGAGCAAUGCCAGCUCAGGCUCCGCCCCUCCACUCCCAGAGAGACACUACAGCGAGUCGGACGUCAGUGGGAGUAGAUCCGCCCCAAACUACCCCGCCCCAGAUUGCCCCGCCCAUUCCCGUGAAGAAGACCAUGAAUCGCGGGACUCUCUGUCUCCACUUCAUCGGCAAAAUCGAGGUGCCUCCCGCUCACACGAGGUCCAGAGAGAGGUGUCUGAGCAGGGACAAGUGUACGCCGUCGUCAACCCAGCUUGGAAGAAGAACAUCAAGGGGAGGUCCCCCUCGUUAACUCGUCUCACCGACCCUCUCAUGUCAGACGAUAAAGUCACCGACGAAACUCCUCCCCCUCUCCCCAACCGUCCGUCGAGUUCGGCAGCCGCGGCGACCAAAGAGGGUAGUGCUACAGAGCAUUUGGAUUUGGACUCUGACCUUGUCGAGCAGAAGAGGGCGGAGCUAGAAGUGGGCAGUCGGUUUGCCCAGUCAGUCAGGUACGUGGACGUUGAGCUAAGUGGCCGUUCACGGGAAGAAGGUUCUCGCGGCAGCGGACACAGAAAGGUGCACGACGUUACUUACGACACAGUUGCCCUUCCAAAGUCUCAACCAGAGGGUGAUGCCGGGGAGGAACAGGUGAGACAAGGUGGAGGACGGAAGAGGAACGAGCGAUGGCUCAAGACCCAGUCGGCCUACGUCACCACUUCUCACACCCUCACCACACCCUCCUCCCCUCCACCUCCUCCUUCUCACACCCUCACCACAUCCUCCUCCCCUCCCCCUCCUCCCCUACCCACUAGAGACUCCGUUAAACAGACAGAAGAAGCAUUACCGGCCGUGCCACCUAAGCUGGGACUCAGAUUAGGAGACGAUGACUUGGCUGCAAAUCGCAGGUGGCUGCACGCAAUGAACGUGACAAUUCGAAGACCGUCAGAGUCCGAGGGAGAUAAGUCGGGGAAGAAACUGAGCAGGGAAGCACUGCUGUUGAGGUCAGGGGUCACGUUGAGGCCGGGGACACGCCCCCCGUGGCCCCCCUCGGAGGUGGAUGGAGGGAGGGAAGGAGAGUCUGGAUCAGACGAGGAGGAUGGACUGGAACCAUUGACUAGAGCUAUAAAGUCACUGGAGACUAGGAUGACAAAUCGACCUUCGCAUCAACAAGCCUCUCGCCAGGAUAGAGGGAAAGAUGAAGAGAAAGCUAAUCUGACGCUAGUUCCAGAUGGUCCUCCCAAAUGGACCCAGAUUCAGCGAUCGACGCACAAAUACGAGGACAUCGAGAUAAUGGACGACCAGUUGAUGGAUGGGAUUCCCGGGAGCAAGGGGUCACUCCGGCGUGCUCAGAACGGUGCACGGAGUGUGGGCAACCUACACAUGGCCUGGGACGAGUCUGAUAUCAGAUCUCAACCAGCCAUGGUGAGACCGCGAGAGCUGGGAGGAGCCAAAGGGAACCAGUUGGUGAGUGCCUCCCAGCCGUGUCUGGUGGACAUGAACCUCGCCCUCCCUCACCUCGUGAAACCCAACCGAGUCUCCGACCACGCCUUUCAGCUCCGUAAGACACGCCUACUUCAGCACAAGUACGAGGACAUCGACAUUCCCGAGUGGCCGGAAGUGGGCGGAGUCCCGGGGAGUGUGACGAGUGUGGGAGACGUCCCAUCUCCGGCGGUUCAUAACAGCUGGCUCGAGGCCGACAAAGACAGUGGAGUGACAGAUUCAGGGACCAUGCUGCCCAAAGGCUGGCAGAAGAUGACAGACGACCAGAGCAGAACCUACUACUGGCACAUCCCCACUGGACGGACACAGUACACCAAACCAACUGGAGAGAACAUGGAAAGAUUGGCACUCUCCCUGGAUGAUUCCAGCCAGCCACUGUCUGACCAAUCAGAUCACUCCAUCUGCUCCUCCUCCAGCGCCAUCCCUAACGCAGCUGCGUGCUCGCAAUCAGAGGUCAAAGGUCAGAGGUUCUUGACUCGUUACCUAGGGAACCACCCGGUCGAGGAGAGCGAACUGGUACCGGGGGAGUGCGUCAAGGUCGUUCAUGCCAGCAUACGAAAGACCCACCCGUCUGGCAAUGUGAAGGGGCGGCCGGUAUUUCUGGUGAUUCAAGGAAUGGAGCUGCAGUGGGUGGAGUCAGAGUCCGGCUCUCCAACAACCAUCCAACCCAUCAACAGAAUUAGAGUCUGGGGCAUUGGACUGGAGAAUGACAGAGACUUUGGGUACGUUGCUCGAGACCAAGUCACAAAGAAACACAAGUGCCACGUCUUUCGCUGCGACAUGCCGGCCAGAGCCGUUGCCAAGGCGCUGCUAGAGAACCACCAGAAACAGACCAAAACUCCGCCCACUACCACGCCCACUGGUCCUCCGGGAGACGAUGAAGGGAAGUUCAGCAAACCAACGACACCUUCUCAACAGAAAAGAGCAGGAAGUCCUGAAGUGCCACAGAGCCACGAGAGAACGCGGACCGUGUCACAGAGCAACAGGCGACGAGGCCACAGUCCACCUGAUGUAGAGACGGAGAGCGUUGAGAGCGUAAACUGCAUCUACAUGGGCUCCUGCGAGGUCCUCCAGCCACAGGGUAUCGACAUUCUGAAUGCAGCAGUGGAGAAGCUCUGCUCAAACAAGUUGCGAUGGACCAAUGCCAGUGUUGGCAUAUCCACCUCCACUAUCAAGAUCACUGACUCCAUGUCUGACAGAACAGUGGGCGAUCACAGAAUACGCUACCUCUGCUUUCUGGGCAUCGCUAAAGAUGACAAGUACUGUGGCUACAUACUGGAGAGCAGUGCUCGCAGCAAAAGACAGUCGGAAAAGCGGUUCCUGUUCCACGGAUUCAAGAUGGAACCAAACACGGACAAGCUGUGCCUCGCUCUCCACAUGGCAUGUCAGACUCGCUACCAGAAGGUGCUGGAGUCAAAUCCCGAAGCCCAGAAAACUGCCAGAGAGAAAGCAGAGGUGGAGAGACUUCGCAGCAAGUCCACCAGCUCAAUCCUGGGGAGGCUGGGGAGUUUCAAGAAGAACAGAAGAGACGACGACUCCAAGGUGUUCACGGUCCAGUACCUGGGCUGUCAGCAGGUGGCCAAGUCAGAAGGACUCGAGGUGGUCAAGGGACCAAUUCAGCAACUCUCCAUCCCCAAGUCAGCUGUGGGUACGGCGCCAGUCAAUCUGGUGGAUUUCGAGGUCAGCUCUGCCGGACUCGGGGUAACCGACCCCAACAAGAGGCUCUUCUCCAGGAAAAACUUCAGCGUCAAACACAUUACCUACGUAGUCAGAAUCAGAAAUUACUUUGCAUUUGUUGUUCGCGACGGAAUCAAAUAUCAGUGUUACGUGUUCCUGGAGACUGGAGUACCGGCAGCUACCAUAGUGACCACCAUACAGAGAAUGCUGGCUCCAGAGCCCAGCAGGAAAAGAUGACUAUUCUCACGCCAUCAGAAUAGCGAAACACACCCAUCCGUCCUUAGUUUCGUCCUGUUUGUCGUUAUAAAGUGUGGUUAAUUGCCGUCUCUAUAAAUUAUCAUGAUAAAUGUAGCACGCAAUCAUGUGUGCUUAUUUCGAUAAUAAUGUUGUGUGUUACUCCGCAAAUAUAUUCUCUAUGCACGGUUCACGAUGAAGCGAGAAGUUGAAAAAAGCAUACACAAAACUUAUAUUACACACAAGUGACAGUAUACACACACACACACUCGUACACGUAAAGUGGUGAAUAAAUAGAACUCGUACACAAAGGUCUGCGGUGCUAACGAAAAGUGGCAAACAAACAGAAAAGGGAAUAAACAAUGUGUUGGGUCAAUGUGUAGGUCUGUUGCAAAAACACAAAGGCAGUGGUGCAGUGCAGGCACAGUUCAAAAACACAAAGUACUAGCUAGUGAGGCACGUGCUAAUUAGUGAUCUUGAGAGGGUCGAUCCAUCUGAAUGGGUAAGGUGGUAGGUGGGGUGGUGUUGUCUGCUACUGGAGUUGGUAGUGGGAGCUCGCUGCUCUCUUCACCAUCGCUCUCUGGACCUGGCUGGGGUGGUAGGCUGUUGGCCUGUAAUGGUGGACUGUUGGUCUCCAGUUGUAGACUGUUGGCCUGUAAUGGUGGACUGUCGGUCUCCAGUUGUAGACUGUUGGCCUGUAAUGGUGGACUGUUGGUCUCCAGUUGUAGAUUGUUGGCCUGUAAUGGUGGACUGUUGGUCUCCAGUUGUAGACUGUUGGCAGUUGUCAAGAGUGGUAAGCUAUUGGUCCCCAGUGGCGUAAUCUUGGUCGUCAGUGGUAGGCUUUUGGUCUCCAAUGGUGGGCUCCUGGUCUCAGGAGAAGAGAGGGCUGUCGGCAAGCCUUGUGCGGCCUCUAGUCUAUUGAUCUUCUUCUGCUGUUCUCUCACAGUCUCCUUGAGAGAUGCCACGUCGCUCUGAAGAUUACCAAUCAUCCCUCGGCAGAGUGCCAGCUGCUCUAUCAACUCCUUAUUGUGAUUUCUGUAGCUCUCAUUUAGAGAGCCGAGGUCCUGCGCAUCCGGCUCCACGCUGAAACUGGUCGUUAGUUCUUCGAGAACAAAGUACUCCGUCUCAAAGUUCUGGAGUUUCGACUCCAGGUCCAUGCGGUGGGCAUCUUCUAGAAUGGUGGUCACGUGGUUGAGGACCAGUUGAGGCAUGCUCUCUUUGAGGAACUCGGAGAUUGACUCCAUUGUGGUGCAGCGGAGGAUGUGGGACUCGUAGUAUCGCAGCAGAGCCACCGCCACCUGGACAGAAGAGGGUAGCUAUCAAGAUGCUAUCCCAUACCAGCUCUUACAUAACAUGAUAUAAGACAAAACCCUGGGAUACAGAGAGUAAGUGCUACUAGCUAUG